CUGGGCAAUGCGGCAUAUCUGCCAGUGAGAGGUGGUCCGUGAACGCCCCGCGCUCUCCUUUAACUUGCCCCGUGAACUCGCCCUCGACACUGACGGCGCGAACAGGGAGGGACUCACCUCCAGCGCGGUCAAAGUACCUGUAUGAGCCGCUCCUCCACACCCAGCCUCCCGCUCCGCUCCGCUCCGCUCCGCUCUGCCCCUCGUCGUCGUCUCGUCCCGCCUCUCGCGUGAAAGGCGCUCUUGCGAGUUCAAUGUUCUUUCUGGCCGUCUUCGAGACCCGGGGACCGGUUUCACCUCCACGCAUCGCCACCUGCUCGUGCGGCUUCGCCUCCCCGACGCUUUAGUCCCGUUGAGCAGAAUCGGAAGCGCCGCGGAUUCACCUGAGCGCCGCCUCAGCCCUUGAGCCAUGAUACUGCCCUCGCCAUCACUGCUUCUCCUAGGCCUCCUCUGCUGGAGUCCCAGUGCAUCAUGGGCCGCUAAAGUCAUCGUGGUCCCUCCCAUCAUGUUUGAGUCGCACCUGUAUAUCUUCAAGACUCUGGCCACAGCGCUGCACCAGGAGGGCCACGAGAGCCACUUUCUGCUGUCGGAGGGUCGCGAGGUGCCGCCCUCCCCUCACUACCACUUACAGCGCUAUCCGGGGAUCUUUAACAGCAGCACGGCUGACAAUUUCCUGCAGUCCAAGGUCAGAAACAUCUUCUCGGGCCGCCUGACGUUUUUGGAACUGUUUGACAUUCUCGACCACUACUCUCAGAACUGCGAUGCUGUUGUUGGCAAUGCCGAGGUGAUGACCCGCCUCAAGGAGGCCAAGUUCGACCUGCUGCUGGUGGACCCUAAUGAGAUGUGCGGCUUUGUGAUCGCUCACAUCCUGGGUGUGCAAUAUGCUGUGUUCAGCACGGGACUGUGGUACCCCGCCGAGGUCGGCGCCCCGGCCCCGCUGUCAUAUGUGCCCGAGUUCAACUCCCUGCUAACGGACCACAUGUCUCUGGUCCAGAGGAUCUCAAACACCGCUGUUUACCUGGUGCAGCGCUUUGGAGUCCAUUACAUUGCUCUGCCUAAGUAUGACCGGAUUAUGAAGAAGCACGGCGUGAAGCCUCAGGUGGCCAUGGCUGACCUGGUGCAAGGCAGCCGCUUGUGGAUGCUGUGCACCGACAUGGCCCUGGAGUUCCCCAGGCCCACCCUGCCGCACGUGGUGUACAUCGGCGGCAUCCUCACCAAGCCCCCCAGCCCACUGCCACAGGAGUUUGAGGCCUGGGUGAAUGACACGGCGGAGGACGGCUUUGUGGUCGUGUCAUUCGGAGCUGGGGUCAAGUACCUCUCCCAGGAUAUUGCUCACAAACUGGCAGGAGCCCUGGCCCGACUGCGCCAGCGUGUCAUCUGGAGAUUCUCUGGAGUUCCACCCAGUAACCUUGGCAACAACACCAAGCUUGUUGAUUGGAUGCCGCAGAAUGAUUUAUUAGGCCAUCCCAACACCCGCGCCUUCCUGAGCCACGGUGGGCUGAACAGCAUUUACGAGGCCAUGUACCACGGGGUGCCGGUGGUGGGCGUGCCCCUGUUUGGAGACCACUACGACACCAUGACCCGCGUGGCGGCCAAGGGCAUGGGCGUCAUGCUGCACUGGAAGUACAUGAGCGAGGAAGACCUCUACGCAGCCCUGACCCGCGUCAUCAAUGACACCAGGUAUCGCCAGCAGGCUCGUCUCCUCUCCAACAUCCACAAGGACCAGCCGGGCCACCCCGUGACCCGGGCCGUCUACUGGAUCAACUACAUCCUCCGUCACCACGGUGCCAACCACCUCCGCUCUGCUGUGUACUCGGUGUCCCUCUACCAGUACUUCCUGCUGGACGUCGUCGCCACCGUGGGAGCCGCCCUGGCUCUGGCUGGCUUCGCGCUGCGCCGGCUGGUGCGGUCACUGCGCGGAUCGGCCGGGCGCCGGAGCAGCGCCGACGGCGGCGUGGCCAACGGACACUGCCACAGCGAGAGCGUGGCCAACGGGAAGCACAAACGCAACGGCUCCCUGAAAAACGAGAAGAAGGUGAAUUAAUGCUUCGGGUGGCUCUCGGAAUGGGAGGAAGGAGUUGCCCCGCGGACUCAGCUCUAGGUUUGGUUUAGUGGUUUUGUGAAAUCAUGGAGAAAGAACAAGCUGUUCUUAGAUCUGCGUCGAGAGGCAACUGCUUCUCAGAGCAAGCUAGAGGCUUUAGGAAGAUGCAUACUGGGCGCAAGCAAAGCAUUGGGUGCUCAGAAUCUGUGUGUGUGUGUCUGAAGGUAUGUAUGUGUGCGUGUAUGUGUGUGUGUGUGCGCGCGCUCACUGAGGCAAACUUAACGCGCACUCUUAACAUCAGCAGCUAGAGCAAUACAACACCAAAACGUAGAGUCACUGAGGAUGAGGAGGCCGUACCGUAGCUUUUACAUGUCCUGCACCGUGGGGGGUCCUGAGCGCCAACUCCCUCAUCCUCAGCACAAAACGUCCAACACGAAUAACUUUUGAAACAUUUGGGAUUAAACGUUUUUAACCGCAACAUCUGCUUCAUGUGUAGGAAACUGUAAAUAGAGGGGAAAUCUAUUUAUUACUGUACAAACACACUGUAAUGACGGACCUUUGUAACCUUAUUUUUAAUUUAUUACGUGUAUCGAUGGUGUCUCCUCUCUUCUUCACUAACGCCUGGAUGUCCUACUGUAUGUCUGUCUGUCAUGUUGGUGAAAACGAACGCAAUAACAACGGACGGCAGAGGUCUUCUGCAGUGCUAACGUUCGAAAUGUUCCCCUCUUCACGUGGUAGUGCCAACGUGUGACUGCACUUAGUGGCCCAGCUUUCCCAUUGUCUGACGUGAAUAGCAGCUUGUUUUGCUAGAUGUGCGUUCGGCUCGUUGGUGUGAACGGGGCGACGGCUGUGGAUCACAGGCGUGUGAUCGCGGGUGGAUCUGUGGUGAUCUGUUGUCCGGUCCCACGGCUCCGUUCUGUCCCUCCAUGCGUUUAACCUCAGUAGUUUAACCUUAUUCUUGAUUAGUUUUGCACGUGUGUGGCAAACGGUCGCUUUAAGUGAAAUUGCUCAGACUUGAGUCCAGACGAGACUGAUCCACUGCAGUUUGGCUGCAUUUAAAAGAGAAUGGUUCACUGCAAUGAAAAUAUUAGUGUGUGUGUGAAUAUAAAUGUCUUGUGCUUCCGUCGCUGUCUGCUGUGUGUAACGAUACAGCAAAGCAGGUGAAUAUUUGGUUAAGUGAACACAGUUAAUGGGCUUUUUUUAGUUACGUCUAUGUUUUGCUGCUCCUGCAAAAGCUAUUAAGUAAGUCUGAGCCUAAAUGUUGGUCCUCUUCACCUUUUUUUUUUUUUUUUUUUUUUUUUUUUUUAAUUUUGCAUUUCCAAACUGAUGGUUUUAAUUGAAACCAGAAAAAUUCCCCUCGAAAUCCGAAACGCACUCAUCCGUCCGUUGGCCUCCACCUCUGCAGUCGCCCUCCUUUUGUUUGUUCUGAGGUGAGGCCUGAAAAGUGUGUAUUCUGUUGGGUUCACGCUUGGACACCUUUUGUGCGCGUCUCACGAGCGCACAGACCCACAGCAAUAGUCUUCCUUUCUCUGCGAGCUGCCGUUCCUUGUAUCGUGCCCGGCGCUGCUGAGGAGAAGAAGAAAAGAGCUUUAUACUUGAAUAAUCAUGUCCAUAGUAGCAUCAGCAGCUGGGCUCUGGGGGCUGAGCCUGCAGGAGCCAGAGCUACAAGCUAUGACCGGAGUCGGGAGGAAGAAUAUUCCUGAUGCGUCUGUGGCGUGGGUUCGGUCCUGACGGCACACGGCCGCGUCCUUCAUUUCAUUUCUGUCUCGCGAUGAUUUCAUCAGCUUGUCUCCAAAGGUUCCACUUCUUUUCUUACCUACAUGAUGUAUGUUUUUUUUUCACCAACAUACUAAAUAUUAUGUCUCCCCUUUUACAUUUUUUUUUUAUUGACUUUGAUUUCAAAAUGACAGGAUGUCAGUUUUCCUGUCGUGUGUGUCCAUGUUGUAAAUACAACAAUGUAAACAAAAUACUAAUGCUAAAUAAAAUGACAUAUUUUGUUUGCAGAGAA